UUUAGUUAAUGAAAGUGCAGAAGGGUGUCCCUCUCCUCCUCGACGUACACACUCACACACAUUAAUAGUUUCUUUACCUGAACUAGUCUAGCUGCGUAAGCUCCCCACGGGCCGACAGCGUUUCCUGGUCCGCUUUUGGGGCAGGCGGGGACGUUUGUGGCCCGGGCAGCGAGUCUCCAUGCCUCUUUUGUUCUUGGCGCUGUCAGCCUCUGUCAGCUGUGGCGCUUCCACAACACCGCCAGGUAAACACCCACGAAGAGACACCGCUGACAUGGAGACCAGUUGAAUAAAACACAAUAACUGCGUGGAGCCCAGGCACCAUGGAUCUCCUGCCUCCUGCUCUGCUGGUAGCUCUCCUCCACUGACCUCUCCUCCUCCCCAUCCUUUCCUCUCUCCAUUUAUUCCUCAUUCCUCACAAACCACCAACGUCCAACCACUCGGCUAAACCAUGGCAGGAGAGAAAGGGCCCAACAAGCAAAGUGCCAUGGACAUCAAGCGCCUGGCGAGCCUCAUCCAGAGAGGGACGGGACGCCUGCUGGUGAUCGACAGCAGGACGUUCUCCGAGUACAACGCUUCACACGUGCAAGGUGCGGUCAACGUCUGCUACUCCAAGCUGGUGAAGAGGCGCCUGCAGCAGGACAAGAUAUCCGUCACUGAGCUGCUGCAGCCCAACGGAAAGGUGAAGGUGGAGCUGGGCAGGAAGCAGGAAGUGGUGGUUUAUGACCAGAGCUCCAAAGAAGCAGGGCAUCUGUCCAAAGAUGGCUUUGUGCACAUACUUAUGGGGAAAUUGGAGGGUACCUUUCACAAAGUGUCCCUCCUCACAGGAGGUUUUGCUGCUUUCUCCUCCUGUUUCCCCGGCCUCUGUGAGGGGAAGCCAGCCACCGCUCUACCAAUGAGCUUGUCCCAGCCGUGUUUGCCUGUGGCUAAUGUAGGUCCCACACGCAUCCUGCCACACCUCUACCUGGGUUCACAGAAAGAUGUUCUCAACAAGGAUCUGAUGGCUCAGAAUGGUAUCACCUAUGUGCUAAAUGCCAGCAACACCUGUCCCAAGCCAGAUUUCAUCAGCGAGAGCCAUUUCAUGCGGAUUCCAGUUAAUGACAACUACUGUGAGAAGCUGCUGCCCUGGCUGGACAAAACCAAUGAAUUCAUCGACAAAGCUAAGGUGUCAAACUGCAGAGUGAUUGUUCACUGCCUGGCCGGAAUCUCACGUUCAGCAACCAUCGCCAUCGCAUACAUAAUGAAGACAAUGGGCCUGUCAUCAGAUGACGCCUACAGGUUUGUGAAGGACAGGAGGCCGUCCAUAUCCCCAAACUUUAACUUCCUGGGUCAGUUGCUGGAGUUUGAAAAGGGCCUACGAUUACUACAAGCUUUAACCACCGAAGACACUGAAAACAGCACUAAGCAAAACUCAGAUGUUAACGGGGUCACUGGGUUUGAGAUGAAUGGGCAUCACAGCAACUACGACUCAAAAGUAGGAGACUCUCACAUCCCGCCAGAACCCAAGCUGUCAUCGCCCACCUCCCUCCAGCAAGGUUUCAACGGCCUGCACCUCUCAGCGGAGAGGAUCAUGGACACUAACCGGCUCAAACGCUCCUUCUCACUAGACAUUAAGUCUGUGUAUUCCCCCAACAGACCACACUGCCCCAGCAUGGCACCCACACAUUCUGAAGACAUCCCCAAGCUUUGCAAACUUGACAGCCCUGGAACGGGCAUGUCCAACGGUGUCUGCUCUCAGUCGCCCGUCCUUGACAGCCCCAGCUCAUCCGAUUCCCCUUUUCCCUCUCCGAUCAACGGGGACAGCGUAGGAGGUUUGGGUCUUGGUGGAACCGAAGGAGUGCAUCGAUCUGGUACUUCGUCAUCCAGAUCAAGAAGAAAAAACAAGCACAGCUGUGGAAGUUCCCCAGUCCACACCCGACCAAACCAACCUCCACAGUCCCUCAACUUGCUGCUGGACCACAAGAGUCCCAGUAUGGAGGAAAACCUGAAGGGCUCCCUGCUCCUCUCACUACCGUCCCUGCCCACUGUGGGGUCUGAAGCUAUGUGGACCAAACACAGAGACACUGUUCAGGCUACCACUCCAGUCACUCCAGUUACUCCAACCACAGAUGCUCCCUGGCAUUUUGGGGCAGAAGAAGGAGGUCCGGGGGAAAUGGAGCUGGGAGGAGGAGACGGAAGGGGAGCAGAGUCAUCAGGGAGGUUUGGGAGCAGCUCGGCCUACGUGGCAUUUGGGUGCAGUGAAGGCGUGAGGUUACGAGACAAAUCCCAAAGAGAGAAGCCUUCUGUGCUUCCAACACAGAGAGACCACUGGGACCCCACGCCUUCGUCAGCAGUGACCAUGUCCAGCAGCUCGAAUAGCAGUACGUCUUCGUCCGAUAAACAGUUCAAGCGGCGCAGCUGUCAGAUGGAGUUUGAGGAGAGCAUUUGUGAGACAAGGUCCAGAGAAGAACUGGGGAAGAUUGGGAAGCAGUCGAGCUUCUCUGGAAGCAUGGAGAUCAUUGAGGUGUCCUGACAGAUAAUGGACAUUAUUAGAACUGUCCCUCGGGGCAGACGUGGACCUGAUCAUAGGGAGAACUUAAAGAAGACAUAUUAGGUGGAGCAGCGGAAGUUUCUCCUUCCACUCCACUCAUGCAGUGUUAAAGACUCCAGCUGACAGAAGGACAAAUACAAGCUGAAAGUAAAUGUGAAAAGGUAGCAAAAUAGGAUUCACACCUGGACAGACAGAGCCUCAGGUGUGCUGCUUGGCUGACCCCACCACCUCUGAACACACAUUAGGAAAGGUCUGAGAAAAUAGGGGGCGACUGUUGGUACUGUAUCUUUUAAUAAACUCUGUCACAGAUUUAAAAAAAAAAAGAUCCCAGGCAGGAAAAUGCCACGUUGCAUCCUGAAUAUAUAAAUUUCCCAGAUUUUUGACAUAGUUUGGACACAACCUCUUUGCCUGUGGUUAAAUGUAAUGUGCUUCAGUGGGUGUAUAGCUUGUGAUUUUACUCCUCCCAGUGCUUCGUCACUCCUGUGUCAGAGAGCCUCAGAACCGUGCACGGCUACAUCCGUCCCUCUCCCUGCCCCAAAUGCUGCAGCAUAACAUCUCCAACAGCGGUGGUGCAGUCUCCUCCCGUCAUCACAGCACAAGACCGAGAGAUCCAAAGGACUUUUAACACAAACAUGGUACCAAAUCCAAACGAUGAAGGAUCCUCAGCAUUUAGUUGACAAAAGACUCAAAAACUGGUCGUAAUGGGCCGAGUCCCCCCCACCCCCACCCCAAGGCAGUGUGUAUUUGACUGCUCCAAGUGUUAACGGCAUGGACUUUUGGGAUCCUCCCACUGAACCCAUCCACCACCAGUGAGCAUGCACCUGAACGGCUGACUACAGACGGACAAAUACUAUAUAUACAACAUGAAUAUAUAUAGCAAAUUUACUGGACUUCUGUUCUGUUAUAGUUUUAAUUUAUUGUAUUGCUUCAUUCUGGUAAUGAGAAAUAAUAUAAUGUUUUGUGGAUUUAUUUCUUUGUUUUCCUUUUGUUGAAUUAUUAUUAUUAUUAUUAUUUGCUGUAUGGUAUUUAUAAACACACUCAUACAAAUACACACAUUUGACAAACCCAAGAAAGCAAUGUGCUGUUAUUUCUCUGGAGAGACUGGUGUAUGAUUUCUGCUUUUUGGUAAACAUUUACUCUUCUCACCCCGGAGACGUGAUUUCAUGAAGUUUUGUCUCUGUUUUGCGUUCUGAGGACAUGACAGAUGUCCCACUAAUGACAUGUAUGACAACAUGUUUUAAUUUCGAGGACUCAGGCAUUGACUAAAACAUUUUUACGUGUGCAGAGAGCAGAUAGCCACACACUCUCUGUUCACGAGGGCUCUCAUGACAACUUUAUGCAAACCAACACACUCUUUCACAGGUUUAGGAUAUUAAAACUCAGUGUAUUUACUCUGAGCCAGCAUCACAGGAUGACGUCCCACCAAAGCUGAAACUAGACACACACUUUGCCCUCACCCAUGAAGAAUAGGCCCUACACACACACCCUUUUUGUUCAUUCUCAGGGGAUCUUACAGUAAGCCAAGCCCAGCACAGGGUAUACACAGCUGCUGGUACUUCAGCAACGUGCAUGUCCAUCAAGCUUCUCGCACGCUCUCCAUGUCCCUUCUUGCUUUUAAUUUUUAAAUUUUCAAAGAUUUCAUCAAACCUGCAUUCCCCAACGGACAGAAAGAUCAGCAUCUUCAUUAUUUGAAGUGGAAACGUUGCUCUCCUGGUGCAAGAUGGUUAUUUAUUUAUAUUGUAAUUUGUCUUUAUUCUUCUUUGACCCUUUGUGAGCUCUCUGGCAUUUUCUGACCUUUGACCUUAUGCUGCUACAACUACAAAUUCAGUCCUUGAGAUUAAAAAAAAAUCUCCUUUUCUUAACUUCUGAUAUUUUUGAGAAACGUUGUGAUAAUUACUUAUGCUAUGUAAGAAGGAUAAACGCAGGCUGUCCCAUAUUAUUAUUAUUAUUAUUGUUAUUAUUAUUAUGUAAAUAGCUCAGCAUCUCGGAACACUGAUGAUUUUUUUCUAAAUGAAAUCCUGAUACCUUAGGCUGCUUGAUGCAAAAAUACCUCAGGUUCUAUUGAAAGGCUUUUCCUUCCCCUGUACAUGUUUUGUGAAAAUGAGACAAAAAAUACAGACGUGACAAAAUACAAA